GGUGGGAAUAGUUAAAGAAUAUCUUAGAACUUGAGAAGCUUAUGAUGAUUACUACUACUAGCUGUGGCGGUAGUGAAAAUUUUGUGAAAGAAGUGAAGAUGAUGAUGACAGUGAGAGAGUGGAAGGAUAUUCCAGUUGAACUUUUGAUGCAAAUUUUGUCACUUUUGGAUGAUCAAAUGGUGAUUACAGCUUCUCAUGUUUGUCAUGGUUGGAGAGAUUCCAUUUCUUUUGCUCUCACUCGUUUAUCACUCUCAUGGUGUAGGAAGAACAUGAAUAACUUGGUCCUAUCUCUUGCUCCUAAGUUCACAAAAUUGCAAACUCUAAUCCUUCGUCAAGACACGCCACAACUAGAAGACAAUGCUGUCGAGGCUGUUGCACAAUUCUGUCGUGACCUGCAGAUCCUGGACCUCAGCAAAAGUUUCAAACUUACCGAUCGUUCUCUGUAUGCAAUAGCCCUUGGUUGUUCUGAUCUUACAAAACUCAACAUAAGUGGUUGUUCAUCCUUUAGCGACAAAGCUCUUUCUUACCUAGCAAGUUUAUGCAGAAAGCUGAAAAUUUUGAAUCUAUGUGGUUGUGUUAAAGCUGUAUCAGAUACUGCAUUACAGGCAAUUGGACAUCACUGCAAUCAGUUACAGUCUUUGAAUCUUGGAUGGUGCGAACAAGUCAGCGAUGUUGGAGUGAUGAGUUUAGCAUAUGGAUGUCCUGAUCUUAGAACACUUGACUUAUGUGGUUGUGUCCUUAUAACAGAUGACAGUGUAAUUGCCUUGGCGGAUAGGUGUCCUCAUCUAAAGUCCCUUGGACUGUACUACUGCAAAAACAUAACAGACAGAGCAAUGUACUCAUUGGCACAAAGCAAAGUGAAUAAUAAGAUGUGGGGAUCUGUGAACGAAGAGGAUGGACUUAAGACUUUGAACAUUAGCCAGUGUACAUCGCUCACUCCAUCUGCUGUUCAGGCUGUCUGUGACUCAUCCCCUGCACUUCACACCUGCUCAGGAAGACAUUCACUCAUUAUCAGUGGCUGUCUUAAUCUUACAUCUGUGCAUUGUGCUUGUUGUGUCCGGCCACACCGAGCUAUAAACGCUUUUCCUCACUCAGCUCAUUGAACCAGAAAGGUUUUGAUGUAUAAAGACACUUCAAGGUAGUGCCUUGGAUGGAUUAGAGGGAUGAGAAAUAAUUUACGUCUAUUAAAUGUUUAUGUUGACGCUGUAUAUUAUAUGUAGAAGAACUUGAACUUUUUUAGUUUAUAGGACAUUUUGUAUGUAAAUAUUAGUUUCUUCAGAGUUUGGCUAUAAACUUAUGGUAACAUAUCAGACAUGGAUUUUCAAAAUUGUGUGGUUUUAGGAA